GAAGCUGUUCCCAGGGGACCCCUAAGUUACUUUCGGUUUUGUCUCAAAUAAUACAUCCUCUAUGUAUUAUCUGUGCCUCUGAUGCGUGUUCCUCGAAUAUUUAAUAUAAAUUCUAGAAGAAAGACGCAUGAAAGUGCAGUUUGUAUGAAUAAUGUAUCCUCUGAAAUACUCCACGACCGUCAUCUGCGCUUUGUUUAUCACCAUCGGAGCUGCUUCUGUUGAAGAAGAGAAAGUUUAUGGUGAAGUCGGUCGUUCAGUGUCUUUUGGUGCAACCAGAAUAGAUCCUCUUGUCAGCAGCAUUAUAUGGAAACAGAGAAACGGUGCAUCUGUUGUAAAAGCGAUUGAAUGGGAUGAAGUUGAUGAUGGUGUUUCUGCCCCGAAUCUGAGAUUCAGAGACAUCACAACUCUUAAUGAAACAACUGGAGAAAUCACUAUAACUAACUUAACUGUUGAACAUAGUGGACUUUACACCAUUGACAUCAACAGUAAAGAACAGGAGCAAAAAUUCAUGUUGGAAGUUUUGCCACCGGUCCCCAAACCUGUGAUAAAAAUAGAGAAGAAUGAAGUUAACCCUGAUGCAGUGUAUUUAAUAUGUGAGUACAGUGAAACGAUCAUCUGGAAGAAUUCUACUGGAGGCACACUGCAGGGUUCACCCCACUAUCCGAAUGGAGAACUUAUCACAGUUGAAAAACAAGGAAAUCCAGAUUUCUUCUACACAUGCACACUCGAGAAUGCAGUGAGUGAGCGCACCAGUGAUCCGGUCUAUGAGAGAGAUCUGUUUGAAGAUAAAGAUGAAGAUAAACAGCUUGAGGAGGGAGAAGCAAAACAAAAUGAUGAAGAUAAACAGCUUGAGGAGGGAGAAGCAAAACAAAAUGAUACACAGCUUGAGAAGGGAGCAGCAAAAAGAAACGACGGUGGAUCUUUGUGGAUAGUUUCCGUCAAGAUCCUAAUCUUGAUACUGGCCCCCAUUAUUGUUUUUGUUAUCAUGUAUAAGUUCUGGCCAACGUUUCAUAAAAUUGUUCACGACAAUUUUAAAGACACACCAUGCAUAGGAGCGAUUCUGAAACGGCUGGAUGGAAAGAAUAAGGACUAUAGUCUGCCUCCGCAUUUGGUGAUAACAGCAGAAACAAACAUGAAUGGAGAUACACAGCCUGAUGGGGAACCAAACGUUCAACAUCUGAAGGAAGAUGGCGAGGAUGAAACUGAAAAAUGAAUUAACCCGAGACUUUAGUGGUAG